AAACUGUCUUGGAAGGAACGAAGGAACUGUCAAACAGUAGCAUUUUACGAAUAGAUCUCGUGUGUAUUGAGUAGUGAUAAAUAUUAAAUUAAGGGCAUUUUAAACAAAACAUUGCAAAGGCGUGAAUUUAAAUAGCAGUAGUAAGCUAUUGAUUUUCGAGCAAAUAGCGAAGGGCUCAAAAUGGAGAAGAUGGGUAAUCCGCCGCCAUAUGGAUGGGGAAAUGGUCCGAGGAUGCAGCCUCCGCCAGCCGCGCCGCCGAGUUACUCACAAGCUGUGGGUGGUGUGGGACCUUCAAGUCCCUAUACACCGCAAUAUCCUCCAACGGCUGGUCCACAAAUUGUGACAACAGUGGUGCCGGUGGGAUCGCAUCCAACCCACAUGAUCUGCCCCAGUUGCCAGGCCGAGAUUGACUCGGAGACUCAGACGAAGCCCGGCAUUAUUGCGUACAUCUCUGGGGCCAUCAUUGCACUUGGCGGAUGUUUCUGCGGCUGCUGCUUGAUUCCGUGCUGCAUCGACAGCUGCAUGGACGUGCAUCAUCGAUGCCCCAACUGCAGCGCAUAUCUCGGCCGCUAUCGUCGAUAAACGAACCCCUCAUAAUAAGCCCCCCAACUCCCGUCAAAUAUCGGACUUAAUCCGAGUGAUCGGGAGAGCAUUUAACUCUCAAUGUUGUCCCUCUAACCGUAGAAAUUGAAAUCUACGGUUAACUUAUCCCAGCGUAAGCUAUUCACAAUUUAUCCAAGUCGCUGUUAGUAUGUCCUAAGUCAAAACCUAGAUCUAGUCUAGAAUCCGCAUCACACUAGUGGGUAGUUCCCCCGAAUCUCAUAUACCAUUUAGAUUUUUUGAAACAUAUUGAUGUCUUCUAUACGAUAUACAAUUUUUAUUAAUUUUAGAUGCAAAUUAAUGUUUACAUGCGAAUAAUAUUUUACUUUAGUAUUAAUUUCUCGCUUUUUAUAACUUUUUAAAACUUUUUAAUUUUAUUGUAAGUAAUUUAAGAGUGAAAUAACGAUGGGAGCAAAUGUUUAUAUGGCAACAUCGGGGUAAUGUAGACGUGAAUAUUUUGUAUAUCCAACGUAUUUGAAGGAGGAACAAUUUUUUUUUUUAUUUUACACAUUUUCUUAGUCGUAAGACUUAGUAAUUUUAUGACGUAAUACGUAAGUACAUUUUAAUUUUUAAUGUAGAUUAUUUUUUUAAGUAAUAAUUUUUACCUUUUUAUUGUAAGCCACAACUUUUUUAUUAUACAUUUUUUGCGAAUAAUAUUUAUAAUUCCGUAACAAUUAUAUUUUAUACUUAAAAAUCUAUCCGUCGAACUAUUAUUAAUUUUCCCUCGAUUUAUUAUGAUGUUAUACAGGAUGUUAUAAUUUAACAAUAAUUACUCUCAUGGUAUAUGUGAAAUAAAUGUUUUGUCUUUAAACUAAACAACUUUCAUUUCACAAGUCACUAAAUAGUACAGAACAAUGCUUAGUUUAUCCAAAAAAAAAAAAAUUCCAUAAAAGUAGCUUUAAAAUAAAUGAAUUUGGUCGAUAAAAAUGCCCUUCGUUAUUAAAGAGCACCCUAAUGAAAGAAAUUCACUCAAUUGUUUUGAUAAAUAUUUCAUCUCUUUCUUUGUUUUUGACAAAAAAGAGACAACAGUAUU